UGUCACGCCAGAAAAAGGCGUUAUUAAGAGGUGAAGGAGGAACUCGUCUCUCGGACGAGAUGCGCAGAGGAAGCCAGCAACAAGUGCCGGCCCUCGGGCGCCGCGGGGAGCUGGCACCGGCUCCGGCCCAGCCUGCCGCCGCUCCUCUCCCUCCCUCUCUGGCACACAUGUAACACGAAACUUCGCAUCUCCACGACAACCACCAACAAAAAAAAAAAAAAGAAAAAAAGAAAGGCAGAGACAACAGCUGGCUGUCAGCAGCGGAGCAGAGAGGAGCCGAGCUCGCCGCAAGCCAGGAUGAGGGGAGAGAUGACGUGAAAGUUUAAGAAGACGAAAGAAAAACAAGAGGAGAAGCCGAGCUCGCGGUCGGGAAGCAGAAAUCCCAAAGCAGAGAGCCAGAAAGCAGAAAGUGCAGUCAAUCAGAAAAACAUUUGCUUCCUCACGGGUAGUUUGGAGUGGAGACUGCACCACCACCAUCAAACUUUGUCCCUGAUGUAAUUCAGACCAAGAGCCCAGAACAGAAAACACAAAUCAUUUCACCUCCGCCUCUUCCACCAUCUCUUAGAAUGGAAACAAAAUUGAAAACCUGUUGACACAGAAUCCUGCAGCACUAAGGACAAAGCAGCCGUUCUGGAGAAGCUCACUUGGGCAUAAAGCCUGGAGAGGUUGUGACAGAAUGUCUUCUGAAGGCUUUCUGAAGGAAGUUCAAGCCAUUGCUGAGAAGUUUCUCCUUAAGCUCCAGAAACUGCCCAAGGCUGAGCCAGUGGAGAUUGUCAGCUUCUCUGUGGUUCUUCUGUUUAUUGUUACUGUGCUAGUGCUCACGAUCAUUGCCUGCAGUUGCUGCUGCUACAGCUGCUGUGGCUGUGAUGGACGCCCUGAUCCCAGACGCAAGAGCCAAGUCAGCCCAGCUGCCCAUUUAUGAAGUGACACAAGGACAUGCUAUCGAGGACAUGCAUGGACAUCAUGAUUCACUGCUAUGGGAAUGACUUUCCACACUAGCCCACUGAAAAUGGCAAUAAGAAUAUUAAUUAACAUGACUCAAAGGACCAGAAAUCACAGCGUGGAAUUCCGUCUCUCUGUGACAGCCACUGCUGUGACCAGAAAGCCCAAAGAGGCAACUUCCAGGCUACCUCUACAAGUCUCCAGGUACAGCAAGGGGUCCCUUCACCACAGGCCAAGAUCUCUUGGAGGAGUGAAGAGGAGGCAACAGAGGAAACACCUACUACAAACCACAGCAGCUUCAGCAGGGUGGAAACCAGCAUGUCACUAGAGCAAGAGGCAUCCUCAGAUCUGCAAGACCUAAAGAGACUGAUUGCAACAAGUGACUGGGCUCUUGGAGGGCUGGUGGUGAUUUGCAUCUUCUGUUUUGUUUUCAUUGCUCUCAUUUUAUUUGCUGUUAUCUUUGGGUGCUGCACAUCUCCAAGGCACAGACAUGGUGGCUCAUAGACAGCGAAGUGGGGACACAGAACUUGGUACAGCUGAGCAAGAACCAGCCUGGGUACAACCUGAUUGUUGUUCACAGAAAACUCUCAUCUCACUCCCUGGUGGUUAUUUCUCUCCAUGCAACUUCCCUGCAUCAAGAGCAACAUCCCAAUGCCAGCAAGUUGUUCUGCAGGCCACAGCAAACUCAAACAUGAGGCUGUCUGGAUUCAGGAACUGCAACACUUGGCAAAUAUCAAAGGAAACUCUUCUCUGAUUUUCAUCUUUCAAGCAAAACCACCAGCUAGAGGUGGCAAAUGCCACCACCUAAAGCUGAUAAAGAUGUGUUCUGCUGCUGUGUGUUGGGGGGUUUUUUCAUCUUGCAAAAGGGCAGUAGGAAACUCUGGCCACUGAAAGCUUUGUCUGAACCCACUCUCUAAAAGCAGCUCAGACCAUUGUUCUCCUGUCACACUCAGGCCUAAAUACACUAUGCAAAAAUGUA